ACCAACUAUGAUAUAGCAUGUCACUAAUAUACAAUGACUCCAGGAUCUACUGUUCUGAUACACCAUUUGACCCAAAUAACAUCAAUACAAAUCUAACCUUCCCACUCUCCCACCUAUUCUUCUGUCCAAUAUGUCAGGAACCACGCGCAACUCACCAGACAUCAUACGACAUUGAGUCUAAAUUCUGCGCCAAUUGUCUCACUGAUUAUUCCAACAAUAAGAAUCUUACCCAUUGCAUCAAGAACUGUUUCGAGUGCCCUGAUUGUCAUGCCAAUUUGUCAAUCACAAUGACUGAUCAUGAUAACAAGGGGAAAUCGUUCAAUUUUAAUUGUGUGUAUUGUGAGUAUCUGUACGUUACUCUGGUAAUAUACAAGCCAAAGUCCUUACAUGCUAUAGUUGACGAUGAGAAGCGGGCUAACCCUGAUUCGUUUCAUCAAUUGUGUGAUGCGAUAAGGAAGGGAGUGCUAGGACCGGAAGAGGAAAAGAGUCCCGUGAGUAAGAAUAUCGAAUUGAUGCUACAGCAAACGCGUCGACAGGAACAAACACCAACACCGCCCACUGAGUUAGAUCUUACUAUAAAGUCAUACCCACAGGCACGAAAGCUAACAACAAAGACAUCUCAUCGAUGUUGCAAGUGUCAUAAUCUCGUGUUGGCAUAUGCUAAUGACAAGACACAACCAACAAUCAACAAAUUUGCAGUUAAAUUCAGUGCUGUCGAUUAUCUACCUACUAUAUCAAUAUCAAAUCUAUUUAACGGAGAAAAGUUUUCAUCACAGGUGUUAAAAAAGUGGAAUGGUACAACUAUCCUUAUGAUUCACUUGAUCAAUCCCAUGAGUGUCAAAUGCACAGUGAAUAUCAGUAUCCCCAGUUCAUACAAUGUUGCUCCUGAAGUCAAUUGUAAAAUAACGAUCCCCUUGAAUCAAGUCACUCUAGGACCCACGAGCACAAAUCUAAUCAAAACUAUCCCUAGCUGUUUCUUAACUAGUAACACUCCAACCGGGAAACGAGAGUUGAUUUUAAGAAAAGGUGACGUGAUGCAUAAACCACCGGCUUCGUUUGAAGAAGUCGAAGAAAACCUCAAUAACUUUGUUGAAAGAGGAAUCAAUUGGUAUUCUAUCCCUGUGAUUAUAAAUUUGGAUGGUUCGAACACGUUCAAUUUCAGACUUCCAGUAUACAUAACCUUGAAAAGUGAACUUCCUGAUGUACUAAAAAAGAUCCCGGGACAUGAUGCAUUGUCGGUGGGAUACUGGAAUGUUAUAGACCUAGGUAGUGUUUCUCUUGUAUAGACUAAAAAUCCAAUACUAGUACACCAGCAACCUUGUCCAAGUGACGUGAAUGUAAAGAAUCGUUAGUGUUUGCGUUUGUGGAUGGAUUGUUGAAUGUGUUGGUGAAUGCAUCUUCAGGAAUAUCAUCAUCGUCAAAAUCAACAUCAACAUCGUCAUCAUCACCAAAUUGAUCAUCUUCAUCUUUCGAAGCAGGCUGUGUUUGAUUGACGUUAUCUAUUCCAUCGACUUUAGUUAACGAAUCGCCUUCAUCUAGUCUUUCCUGGUUGGAUCUGAUUAUUGCUUCAUUGAUGAACAACUUGAUGUACUCAGACGAGAGUUCCAAUGUGUCCAUAGUUAUACGCGUUGAAUCAUUCUUGAAUGACAAUUCUCGGAAUAUUCUCGCGAUGGUAGCUACAGGUAUUGUAGGAGUGUCUUCUUGGCUCAUGGUGUACUGAAGAUGUGUUUGUU